AUGGCCUCUUUCUCGCCCCGCCAUCUCCUGUGCUGGUUGGUGUGGUUGCUUCGAGCCGCCCCCGCCCUGAGGCGCCAUGAAGUUGGCUCCAUGGUGCCGUGGCGUCCUCUCAACCGUCACCAACGGCAGGAAUGGACAAGGUGCCUCAGCCAGGCCUGGACUAACACUGAUGUUGUCGAGGGGGCUGUCGAGACCGCGCCUUGGCUGGGCCUGUGGCGGCCCAGCGAGGCUCGCCUCCGACAUCGACGGCAUAGGCAGCUUUUCCUCCGGCGUGCUCCGAAGCCCUUGCUGCGCGGAACUUGGCGCGGCUGGCCGAACCGGGGACGCCGCAUCGGAGAAGCCUCCAACCCUGGGCCUGUGGCUCCUGGCACCCCGCUUGGCGGCGAGAGACCGCCUCGGCGACGCCAACGCGACGACCCUGAUCGCAUGGAGGUGGAGGGUGCUGCUGGGCCGAAUGCGAGUGACAGACGGGUUUACUGCCCAGUGCCCACUUGCCCGUGCAGCGAUCCCCGUCGCGCGCGGGGAUGGGCCAGCGAUGCCUCCAUGAAGGCGCACAUCGAUGCGCACUUGGCUGGGUCUUUGCAGGGAGAU